AGGAGGUGGGCCGUGGUUGCUGGUAUGUGAGAGGCGCUUCUGCUGCUGUGCUGAGUGGUGCUGGAUGAUGGCUGCGUCGAAGCCCUUAGAGCCACAGUCCGGGAGUGGGCUCCCCCGCUGGCAGCUGGCACUCCUCGUAGGGACUCCUAUCGUCCUUGGCGUCGGAGCUGUGUAUCUCUGGAACAGAAGCCGUGGCAAGGACAAGCAAGGGAAACGGAAUGGAGAGAGGAAAACUCCAGAAGGAAGCGCUAGCCCCGUCCAUGGCCAGCACGGUGCGACCAACCCAGAGCUAGAGAACAUGAGUCCGCUUGAUAGAGCGCAGUCUGCUAAGAAUAAAGGCAACAAAUACUUUAAGGCUGGCAAAUAUGAGCAGGCGAUCCACUGCUACACAGAAGCCAUCAGCCUGUGCCCCAAAGACCAGAAGGGAGACCUGUCCACCUUCUAUCAGAAUAGAGCUGCAGCCUAUGAGCAACAGAUGAAAUGGACAGAGGUGGUACAGGACUGUUCUCAGGCAGUGGAGUUGAAUCCUCGUUAUGUGAAAGCCCUUUUUAGACGUGCCAAAGCACUGGAAAAACUGGAUAACAAGAAGGAGUGUCUAGAAGAUGUGACUGCUGUAUGUAUUUUGGAGGCCUUCCAGAACCAGCAGAGCAUGCUACUGGCAGACAAGGUGCUGAAACAGCUGGGAAAAGAGAAGGCCAAAGAGAAGUACAAGAACCGGGAGCCCCUUAUGCCAUCUCCUCAGUUCAUCAAGUCUUACUUUAGCUCCUUUACCGAUGACAUCAUCUCACAGCCCCUACAGAAGGGGGAAAAGAAGGAUGAGGAUAAAGACAAAGAGGGCGAGGCCUCAGAGGUCACUGAAAGCUCAAGCUACCUUAAAGCUAAGCAGUAUAUGGAGGAGGAGAACUACGAUAAGAUCAUCAGCGAGUGCACAAAAGAGAUUGAGUCUGGAGGCAGGUACACAGCUGAAGCUCUUCUGCUGAGAGCCACCUUCUACCUGCUGAUUGGCAACGCUACAGCUGCACAGCCUGACCUCGACCGUGUCAUCAACAUGAAUGAUGCCAGUGUCAAGUUGCGUGCUAAUGCUCUCAUUAAACGUGGAAGCAUGUACAUGCAGCAGCAGCAACCUCAGCUCUCCACACUGGACUUUAAUAUGGCUGCAGAGAUCGACCCCCGUAAUGCAGAUGUCUACCACCACAGGGGACAGUUGAAAAUUCUGCUGGAUCAGGUGGAGGAGGCUGUGGGAGAUUUUGAUGCAUGUAUAAAGCUUCGACCAGACUCUGCACUUGCUCAGGCCCAGAAGUGCUUUGCAUUGUACCGACAGGCCUACACUGGAAACAACCCAUCCCAAGUUCAGAAAGCUAUGGAUGGCUUUGAGGAUGUCAUUAGGAGGUUUCCAAUGUGUGCAGAGGGGUAUGCUUUGUAUGCACAGGCACUGACUGACCAGCAACAGUUUGGUAAGGCGGAUGAAAUGUAUGACAAGUGUAUUGAACUAGAGACUGACAACGCCACAACAUAUGUCCACAAAGGGCUAUUGCAGCUCCAGUGGAAACAGGAUCUAGAAAUGGGCCUUGAACUCAUAAGUAAAGCCAUUGAAAUUGACAACAAAUGCGACUUUGCUUACGAAACUAUGGGAACCAUUGAAGUCCAAAGAGGCAACCUGGACAAAGCUAUAGACAUGUUCAACAAGGCCAUCAACUUGGCUAAGUCAGAGAUGGAGAUGGCCCAUCUCUAUUCUCUGUGUGAUGCUGCUUAUGCCCAGACCGAGGUAGCAAAGAAGUACGGGCUCAAGCCUCCUACACUAUAACUCUGGGUUUCUUCCAUCACACUGGAUUGGAGGACUGGAAAGUGGCACAGAAAAUGAUGGGGUAGUGGUGUAUGGAGCAGCAAAAGCAAAAAAAGAUUAAAAGAGAAAGAAGAGACUGAUGGCUGCUGAUUUGGAUGUCAAAUCACGAGUGGAUUAGUCCACAUUUUAUCAAGUAUGGCCCAGAUUAUUUUUCAACUUGAGAACAGCACUCAUUUGUUCAUGUUCUUCCUCCCUUGCCAUGUGGUGUGACAAAUGUGAAUCUUUAUAAUUUAAUUUACUAUCAGAAAUGGACAAAAGUCUACAAUCAGUAAUUGUACUUUUUUAUUUUAUUUUAUUUUUUUAUUGUUAGUAUUUUGUUCCAAGAUGCCAGAAUCCGUAAAUUAAAGGGAUAGUUCACCCAAAAAUGAAAAUUGUCUCAUCCUUUACUCACCCUCAUGCCGUCCCAGAUGUGUAUUACUUUCUUUAUUGAGCAGAAUAAAAAUGAAGAUUUUUAGAAGAAUAUUCCAGCUCUGUUGGUCCUCACAAAGGGAACGUGACCACAACUCAGAAGGUCCAAAAAUGAAAUAAAGCAGGCAUAGAAGUAAUCCAUAUGACUCCAUUGGUUUAAUCCAUGUCUUCUGAAGCAAUAUGAUGGGUGUGGGUGAGAAACAGAUCAAUAUUUAAGUCCUUUUAUACUAUUAAUCUCCAGCUUUGACCAGCCCCAACAAGUAGUUGGCUGAAUUUGAAAGUAAAAUUCACUUCUGUUGAAAUGAAAGUGUAGUUUUAAAGUAAAAAACAAAGGGACUUAAAUAUUGUUGUUUCUUCCCACACCUAUUAUAACACUUCAGUAGAUAUGGAUUUAAUCUCUGGAUGCUUAUGGAUUACUUUUAUGCUGCCUUUUGGGCCUUCAAGUUCUCAUCACCAUUCACUUGCCGUGUGAGGACCAACAGAGCUGAAAUAUUCUUUUGAAAAUUGUUGUUUGUUUUGCAGAGGAAAGUAAGUCAUACACAUCUGGGAUGGCAUGAGGGUGAGUGAAUGAUGAGACCGUUUUCAUUUUUGGGUGAACUAUACCUUUAAGUCAAUGAACGCCAUCAGCAGGACUGGAUUAUUGAUUCAUGGUUUGAUGCUGUAAUGUGCAGAUGUUUUGUCCUUCACUGUCAUAUGCUACCACUCUUUGUUUUUGUUGUGUGGUAAAUGCAGGAUUAAAAUUUUAUUGACAUGUGUUUGUGUUAUAAAUCAUUCAAUUCUUCAUGUUUCACUGCUGUUGAUGACACUGUUUAUAAGAAUGGGGUUAUAUUAAGUUAAAGUUUAAGAAAUCGGUCCACACGGUGAUUCAUUUUUGUUUUGUUUUUUUACCCUGAGUUUAGGGAUUGGGAAUUUUUUUUAUGUUCUGCGUUGCAUCAGUGAGAUUUCUCUUUUUUUAAAAAAAGUAAACCAACACAAAAAACAUGUUAUUUAGCCUGCUCAGUGGAAAAAAAAAAAUCUUAUUUUGGAGACAAUUUGCUUACUAUUUUUAGCAGAAGGCAAACUAUAACCAAAUUCAUUUAGCCCCAUAAGCCUUGUACAAGACUUUUGCUACCAAGUGAAACAACCUUACCGUACUUUUUAAACUGAGGUACUAAAAUGUUUAAAUGAAAGCUUGGCUGUGCAAACGUAAUGUUGCAUGUUGCAUCAAUGUAAUGUUGCAAAAAAAAAACAAAAAGGAAUGAACGUUGAACCUAGAAUGUUUUGCUUCUCAAAAAUUGCAUUCAUUUUUAUUUUUCAAACUGUGCAUUUCUCAUUUAAGUUGCUUUGUGAAAUAAAAAAUUAUAUGGAGGGAUAUUUUUGGCUACCUUCUUGGAAAGACUAAUUGCAAGUAUAGAUCAUACAUUUUUCAUCUAACAACAAAGUGCAACUCUUCUCCCUUUCAAGUCUUUUGUUCAAAAACUACAUUCAUUUAUAAAGCCUUAUCUUGAGAACUUAGAUGUAAAGAAAUGGCAUGCCUUUAAAUACAGCAUACUAGUAUCUAUCUAAUAUAUUAAAUAGAUGGACGGGGAUUCUCUAGAUAAGUAAAACAUCUUCCUAUCAUUGCAGCCACGACUUCUUUCUUAACAUUAUUCAUUCAGACAUCAUCCUCCAACCCCCCCCCUCAAAAAUAUAAUUUCUGUAUAUUGUUCAUGCGCUUUAAGUUUAUGUUUAUCACUUUGGCAAAAUCACUACAAAACAUUGUUUCUGAACAAGUCUUAAAUAUUGAGCACUUUAGGAUGCUCUGAUGAAAAUCUUUCCCAAUCCAAAUAAGAGAACAUAAGUGAUGUGAAUGUAUAACACAAUAAAGGGGCUUAGCAUUUAACACCUGGUCAAAACUAGUUUGAAAUGAAACAAAAGGCCUAUGUCAAUUGCCUAUGCAUGUAUAAGUUGGUCACUAAGCAUCAUCUAUUAAUGCUAUGUUUACAUAGGUUUGUUCAUUUAAUUUUUCCAGCCUGGUCAGUUAGUAGUAAUUUAUUGGAUUUACUGACCAAUUCUGAGGGGGAAAGACAUUCCAGACUGCUGCAUGUUUGAAGAUCUUCCUAGUAACUGUUGUUUAGAAUGACUGUUUUAAAAUGAACUUUACACUGCAGGUGAAUUGGCAUCAUCUAUUCUAGAGGUUAUAAAUGAAUUAGUUGUGCUUGAUCUGUUGAUAGUAACUUGAAAAAGAUGCCUCAAGAAAAAAAAAAAACAGAA